CACUGCCUCUCUUCGGAGAGGCGUGUGGCCACGGCCGGAGCAACAGCAACUUCGCAGCUUCUCGCGAGAGUUUGACUAGUAGCAGGCGGAGCAGGCAAGCUUGCUGGGUGAGCUCAUCCCGGGCGCUGGAGAAGGAACGAGCAGCUGCUCAUGCAGAAGCAGCAACACCAACAGCAACUUUGUUGGAUGAAAUGUUUCCUGGGUAUAUUGCACAGUGAUGCUGACAAAAGGAAUAGGAACUUCAGUUAUGCUAGAGAGUGAUCAGAAGAAUAAAACUUGAGGUUGUACAUUUCAGUGUGUGGAUGCUGAAACUGAAGUAUUUGAAUUUGCCAGGAUGCCAUGAAACUACAGAGUCUCCAACCCACUACCCAUGGGCACCAUGGCACCUGCAAAGGCCUUUGCUGAUGCCCUCCCUCAGUAAAGUAUAAAGCAAGUUGAACAGUUGAACGUUUUUCCUCAAAAAAGAUUUUUUUGAUGUGUUAAAAGAUGGCUACUUAUUAAAAUGGAUAGAUUAAGACUUCUAAGAUGUCAAAAGUGAUUGAACAACACUAGUUCCUAGAAGAGUUGCACCUGUUGAACAUUUACCAUCCAUUACAUGAUCAUAACUGGGAUCUCAUGCAACCUUUGUAUUUUCUGGAUAACUUUCUCCAGAAGAGAGUUAUAAAUGUAAAAGGCAGAGAUGACUGUGUUUUCUUUUGGAGCUUACUAAGGAUAAGCACGUUUUCCAAUAAUGACCAGUUUGAAACGGUCCCAGACUGAAAGGGCUGUUGCCACUGGAGUAUCUGAUGGAACACCUAAAGUCCAUUCAGAUGACUUCUACAUGAGACGCUUCAGGUCACAGAAUGGAAGCUUGGGAUCUUCAGUGAUGGCUCCAGUAGGCCCUCCACGCAAUGAAGGGUCUCAUCAUCUUACUUCUACUCCUGGAGUUCCUAAAAUGGGAGUUAGAGCAAGGAUUGCUGACUGGCCCCCGAGGAAGGAAAAUGUUAAAGAAAACAGUAGAUCAAGUCAGGAAAUGGAUACAUCAAGCUGCCUUGAUAGUAUGUCUUCAAAAAGUAGUCCUGGGAGUCAGGGGAGCUCUAUUAACUUGAAUGCUAGUGACUCUGUCAUGUUAAAGAGUAUCCAAAACACACUUAAAAACAAAACAAGACAACCUGAGAACCUAGAUUCUAGGUUUCUCAUGCCUGACGGCUACCACAGCUCCCCAAGGAAAGCUCUUCGCAGAAUAAGGCAGCGAAGUAAUAGUGACAUUACCCUAAGCGAGCUUGACAUAGAUAGCUUUGAUGAAUGUAUCUCACCCAGUUAUAAAUCUGGACCAUCACUGCACAGGGAAUAUGGCAGCACCUCAUCAAUAGAUAAGCAGGGUACUUCAGGGGAAAGUUUUUUUGAUCUAUUAAAAGGUUAUAAAGAUGAAAAGUCUGGCCAGAGAAUCCCAGCCACCAGCAAAUUCAGUGAACUCCUUAUAGCUAGUGGAAGUAAGGGUUCAGGAUUUUCUUUGGAUAUAAUAGAUGGACCCAUAACUCAGAGGGAGAACCUCCGACUAUUUAAAGAAAGGGAGAAGCCACUGAAGAGACGUUCAAAAUCAGAAACAGGAGAUUCUUCCAUUUUUCGAAAGCUGCGUAAUGCCAAAGGUGAAGGAGAUCUUGGGAAAUCUUCAGAUCUUGAGGACAGCAGAUCAGAAGAUAGUGUCAAGCCUUGGACUUGUCCAAAGUGUUUUGCCCAUUAUGAUUUUCAGAGUGUAUUAUUUGAUUUAAAUGAAGUGGCAGUUAACCGGCACAAUGUGAUCAAACGAAGGAAUACAACGACUGGAGCAUCUGCUGCAGCAGUUGCAUCACUAGUUUCUGGACCGUUGUCCCAUUCGGCAAGUUUUAAUUCCCCAGUGGGCAGUACAGAAGACCUGAAUUCCAAAGGAAGUCUCAAUAUGGACCAGGGAGAUGAUAAAAGCAAUGACCUUGUAAUGAGUUGUCCUUAUUUUCGUAAUGAGAUUGGUGGGGAAGGAGAAAGAAAGAUCAGUCUCACAAAAUCUAACUCUGGAUCUUUCAGUGGCUGUGAAAGUGCCUCUUAUGAGUCUACUCUUAGCUCUCAUUGCACAAAUGCAGGAGUGGCUGUACUUGAAGUACCCAAGGAAAAUCUGGUAUUACACUUGGAUAGAGUGAAAAGAUAUAUUGUUGAACAUGUGGAUCUUGGUGCAUAUUAUUAUCGUAAAUUCUUCUAUCAGAAAGAACACUGGAACUACUUUGGGGCAGAUGAGAACCUUGGUCCAGUCGCUGUCAGCAUCAGAAGAGAAAAACCUGAAGAAAUAAAAGAAAAUGGAUCUCAGUACAAUUAUCGCAUCAUUUUCAGAACUAGUGAGCUUACCACCCUAAGAGGUUCUGUCUUGGAAGAUGCUAUACCUUCAACUGCAAAGCACUGCACAGCCAGAGGGCUGCCCUUGAAAGAAGUGCUUGAACAUGUGGUUCCUGAACUGAAUAUACAGUGCCUCAGGUUGGCCUUCAACACUCCUAAAGUCACAGAACAGCUUAUGAAACUUGAUGAACAAGGGCUAAGCUAUCAACUUAAAGUGGGGAUCAUGUACUGCAAGUCUGGACAAAGCACAGAAGAGGAAAUGUACAAUAAUGAAUCAGCAGGGCCUGCCUUUGAAGAGUUUCUUCAGUUACUGGGAGAACGGGUUCGGCUCAAGGGAUUUGAAAAGUACCGUGCCCAACUAGACACAAAGACUGAUUCAACUGGCACCCACUCUCUUUAUACAACAUACAAGGACUACGAAAUCAUGUUCCAUGUUUCCACCAUGCUGCCAUACACACCUAACAACAAGCAACAGCUCUUAAGAAAACGACAUAUUGGAAAUGAUAUUGUGACAAUAGUUUUCCAAGAACCUGAAGCAGAGCCAUUCAGCCCAAAGAAUAUUCGUUCUCACUUUCAGCACGUCUUUGUCAUUGUCCGAGUGCACAAUCCGGGCACUGACAAUGUCUGUUACAGUGUUGCUGUGACAAGAUCCAGAGAUGUGCCGUCGUUUGGACCACCAAUCCCUAAAGGCAUUACCUUCCCCAAAUCAAACGUAUUCAGGGACUUCUUACUAGCUAAAGUUAUCAAUGCUGAGAAUGCAGCUCAUAAAUCGGAGAAGUUCCGUGCCAUGGCUACCAGAACCCGCCAGGAAUACUUGAAAGAUUUGGCAGAAAAAAAUGUCACAAAUACACCCAUUGACCCUUCAGGCAAAUUUCCCUUCAUCUCCCUUGCCUCUAAGAAGAAGGAGAAGUCUAAGCCUCAUCCGGGAGUAGAACUCCACAGUUCUGGUGCUAUUGUAUGGAGUCUCCAUGCUAAAGACUAUAGCAAGGGUGUAGAUAUAGACUGUCUCCUGGGGAUUUCCAAUGAAUAUGUCGUUGUCAUUGAACAAGAUACAAAGAGUGUUGUGUUCAAUUGUUCCUGCAGAGAUGUAAUAGGGUGGACAUCAACAGACACAAGUGUCAAAAUUUUCUAUGAAAGGGGUGAAUGUGUUUCUGUGGAAAGUUUCAAAAACCCUGAAGAUAUCAAAGAGAUUGUCAAAAGGCUAGAGCUUGUGACAAAGGGCUGUGAGUCAGUGGAAAUGACUUUACGUCGUAAUGGACUAGGCCAGCUUGGUUUCCAUGUGAACUAUGAAGGAAUUGUGGCAGAUGUUGAACCCUAUGGCUAUGCUUGGCAAGCAGGAUUACGACAAGGCAGCAGAUUAGUGGAAAUUUGCACUGUGGCUGUAGCUACUCUAAGCCACGAGCAAAUGAUUGAUCUCCUGCGGACUUCCGUUACUGUGAAGGUUGUCAUUAUCCCACCUCAUGAAGAUUGUACUCCACGAAGAAGUUUUUCAGAAACUCAUCGCAUGCCAGUAAUGGAAUACAAAAUGAAUGAUGGUGGAGUUCCAUAUGAAUUCAAGUUCCCUUUCAGAAAUAACAACAAAUGGCAGCGAAAUGCUAACAAGGGGCAGGGACCUCAUGCGCAACAAAUGCCAUCACAGAUACAAAGUCCAGUUACCACCAGGGUUUCCUCGGGGAAAGGUGAAGGGAAAAUGCCUCCCCAAGAGCGAGCAACCAAUAUUCCACGCAGUAUUUCUAGUGAUGGGCGGCCACUGGAGAGUAGAAGAUUAUCUCCUGGCUCUGAUGUCUAUGUCACCGUUUCAUCCAUUGCUUUAGCAAGAUCACAGCAGUGUCGUAACUCUCCCAGCAAUUUGUCAUCCUCGAGUGAAACUGGCUCUGGUGGAGGCACCUACAGGCAAAAAUCUAUGCCUGAAGGAUUUGGAAUGAGUCGAAGAUCCCCUGCCUCCAUUGACAGACAGAACACAGAUACUAGCAGCAGUGGCAAAUCCACCCCCAGUUGGCAGAGAAGCGAGGACAGCAUUGCUGACCAGAUGGAACCAACAUGCCAUCUCCCUGCAGUGUCGAAGGUGCUGCCAUCCUUCAGAGAGAGCCCCACUGGAAGACUGAUGAGGCAGGAUCCAGUAGUCCACUUGUCUCCCAACAAACAGGGCCAUUCUGAUAGCCACUAUUCCAGUCAUUCAAGCAGUAAUACACUGUCCAGCAAUGCAUCUAGUGUCCAUAGUGAUGAGAAGUGGUAUGACAGCGGAGAUAGGACUGAGUCAGAGCUGAAUAGCUACAACUAUCUUCAAGGUACUUCUGCUGACAGUGGUAUUGACACCACCUCCUAUGGCCCCAGCCACGGCAGCACAGCCUCCCUGGGCAACUCAGCAACAUCUCCCCGAUCAGGACUUGUAAAAGAGAAAGUGGCACCACUAUGGCACAGUUCCAGUGAAGUAGUCUCUAUUGCAGAUCGGACUUUAGAAAAAGACAGCCACAUGAUGGACAGGAAGACAGAAUCUUCAUUAAGCUUGGAUAUUCAUACCAAAAGUCAACCAGCCUCCAACCCUUUAACAAGAGAAAGCAGUGCUUUUAACCUUAGUGAUGCUGUUUCCCAUGCAAGUACCAUGGGUUCCCGACAUUCUGCCAGCCCCAUUGUUUUCACCAGUGCCAGGAGUUCACCAAAAGAAGAGCUUCAUUCUGCCACUUCUCCACAGCUUGCGCCUUCUUUCUCCUCUUCCUCCUCUUCUGGGCCUAGGACUUUCUACCCACGCCAGGGGGCUACUAGCAAGUACCUGAUUGGAUGGAAAAAACCUGAAGGGACAAUAAACUCUGUGGGAUUUAUGGAUUCAAGAAAGCGUCACCAGAGUGAUGGUAAUGAAAUGGCACAUCCUAGAUUGCGUGCAUCAGCCAGAGAUCUUCGUGCAUCACCAAAGCAAGCAUCUAAGUCAAAUAUUGAGGAAGAAUUGAAGAAGCUGAUAGAUCUAGACAGCCCAACACCAGAGUCUCAGAAAAACUUUAAGUCUCCAUUCCCUAGCACUCCUACCUCAAGGCGUGCCUUGCAGAGGACUCUGUCUGAUGAGAGUAUUUACAGUAGCCAAAGGGAACAUUUCUUCCCCUCUCGAGCUUCUCUUCUGGACCAAGCCCUUCCCAACGAUGUCCUUUUCACCAGCACAUACCCUUCUCUUCCCAAGUCAUUACCAUUAAGAAGGCCAUCGUACACAUUAGGAAUGAAAUCUUUACAUGGAGAGUUCUCUGCCUCCGACAGCUCCCUCACAGAUGUCCAGGAGCCGAGAAGGCAGCCCAUGCCAGAUCCAGGUCUCAUGCCUCUGCCUGAUUCUGCUUCUGACCUAGACUGGUCAAACUUGGUAGAUGCUGCCAAAGCGUUUGAGGUCCAACGAGCCUCAUUUUUUGCCACUAGUGAUGAAAACCACAGACCUGUCAGUGUUGCUUCCAACAAUGAUCAAGCUGAGGACCAGCUUCCUGCACAGAUAAAGCCUUAUACUGGUAAAGAGUCUCCUCCUCUUGCUUCUAAAGUGAGCCAGCUGGAAGGUAUGCUGAGAAUGUUGCAGGAAGAUUUAAAGAAGGAAAAAGAAGACAAAGCCAAUCUUCAGGCUGAAGUGCAGCAUUUGCGGGAAGACAAUUUACGAUUACAAGAAGAAUCCCAGAAUGCCUCUGAGAAACUGAAGAAAUUCACUGAAUGGGUUUUCAACACAAUUGAUAUGAGCUAAAAACAGCACACAUGAAACAAACACAUUGGCAAAAAAAAAAUCACCUCUGUAAUGGGACUUAGCUUUAAUACUACCGUAAUCAUGAUAUUUGAAAGCCCAGUCAGAGCACUUUUACAUCUUUCAUACUCUGAUGACCCUUUUUUUGCAUCUCUGCAAGCACCCAGAACUAUUGUAGAUCAACAAUCAUUGUCUGCCUUUUGUAGGAAAAAAAAAGAGAAAAAAGCAACAAAAAAAUAAUUUUAAAGAAAAUAAAAAAUUAACUGCUAAAAUGUGAAUGUCUUUAUUUUUUUGCACAUUCUCCUUACCUGUUCUGUACAAAAUGACUUGGAGGGUGGACCAGAAUAACUGUCCAUCUGCCUCUAUUUAUUUCUAUUCACUCCUUUGUAUCAGUUUCAGAUUAAUCUGCUUUUUUCUUGCUGCUCUGGCAACUAGUACAACUUCUAGAAAACUGGAAAGAUGUUUAUUUUGCUGCUUCCUUUCUAUUGUUUCUGACGUAUGCCACAAGCCAGAGGAUGUGAGCUGUGUUUGGGGUGUCUCCUUUCCGAUCUGCGCUUGAUCAUCUUUAGUGCUAUCUCCACGAAUCUUGUAUAGAACCAUUGCCCAUUAGAGUGUGUGUGUGUACACAUGUGUACAGUAUAGCUAACAGAGACUUGACCCAUGGCUGUGGCAAGUUAUCUAGUUCCAUUUUUACACAUCUUUUUGAAUUAGUGAUGGUUAUCACCUUUGUUAUCCUAUGGAAGUAUAAGGGCUUCCAACUACCUGAGGGACAGAUAGCACAAAUUUGGUAUUCUGAAUAAAUAUCGUUCCUCAGACUGCUUGAGAGAAGAGAAUACCCACACUGCUCUUGUAACAACUCUCCUGUGUCCCUGCCUAGGGAUCUUUCACUCACCAAUCCCUUUCUGAUGGCAUAAUAUAUUUUACAUUUCUUACAUAUGGAUAGCCCAGUCCUGUUGAGUUGGAAAUUGUGUAACUAUGUCCAGUGCAGGUUCUAGGUUUUGGGUUGUCCUUGGGCUAGGCACCCUCACUGGGUCCACUGUCUAUGGGUCCCCUGCUCCUAUCCAAGGCACCACUGCCCUCUCACCCUCCCUCUGGGCCCAAUCUGCACAACUGCCCAGAAGGAAGUAGAGGAUGCUGCUCCACUUCUUUGUUCUUGUCAUUGCUUGCAUGCUUGGAGAGGGCAAGUGAACAGGCAGCAACAGCAAGGAGAAAAAGGGCCAAGAAGCUUCAGAAAAUGCCAGUGGUCCCCCACUGGAAUGGAUUCUUGACAAAUGCCCAACAGUGUCUACCUCCAGUGCCAGCCCCGACUACAUCUGUCACAAUAUCCUAAGUAUGAUAAAGGAAAUCAACCAUUUAGCUCUUUCUCCCUGCCAAAAAACCCCCUCAUUCAGCAGCUUGCUAUCACCCAAGGCUGAGGUAGACUUGCAUUGUCUUCCCUAGCUAUUCAGGACUCUUGGGAUGUUCAAAAAGAAGCCAGAGAGGUCCCUGCCCAAUUCUUGUCCCACUAUACUAGCAUGACACUAGCACCAUUAUGCAGCGUCCCGGAACCUUGCCUUGGAAUGGUCAACCAGAUAACAGCCACUGCAGUUUCCAUUAGUGGCCUUGUGACAGAAAAUGUACUGCAGCUCAUAUUGUAAGACUGCACACAUCGUAAUGUGUGUCUGAAUGCUAUUGACCUCAGUGGAAUUUAAACAUUAAUAGCUUGUAUGUUGGGGCUUUAAUAGGACAUACCAGUGUUCUUGCCCAUGUUUCUUCUCUUAGCACUCUUACAUAUCAAAAAGAAGUUAAAAGUAAAAAUUGAUGCAAAGCACACUUGCAACUUGUAUACUCUGUUUGGCAGGCAUCUGUCAUAAGUCAGUUUUUAAUAACUUUGUUGUUGUUGCCCCAAGUGAAAAGACAAUUGGAUGACUCAUUUAUUAAAAUGAUCAAAGUUGUCCAUUUAUUUUUAGAAUCGGGGAAAGGAAGAAAUCAGUAUUCCUACUCUUGAAUCUUUGACAUGUGGAUUUUCCAGUGAAACUGGCUAAAUGUAUGUGUCUGGGAGGCUAACUUGCCAUCAAAUGUCACGUCUGCAGGAAUAAAGUCUUGGUGUUGGAAAAAUUACUUGUGUGCACUGCAACCUGCCUAAGCAUUGUUUCAAGUGGCAUGUGGUAAACCUAGUUUGUGACCUUCUCUGCAUGCAACCAUGGUACUCUUUCCUACACACUGCCAUAUCUAACAGUAACAACUCAUGUCUGUCCAUUUCAUCAACCCUCCUCUCCUUCCCUGCGCACCAGGCACCGUUCAUCACUAGAAAUGUCCUUAAUCACUGCCAUUGAGUCUUCCUAGCCUUCUUUGAUAUGCAUUUUCAUAAUUCUUAAUUAACCGUACAAACCCACAUAGUUUGCUUUGACCUAAAGCUUCAUUUGUGGUAAAAAUCCCCUUGGGAUGAAUUAUCUGAUAGCAUUUGGCCAUGGAAGAGGAUUGGUUUGAUAUUAUUUCUGGAGUGCUUUUGCAGAAAGCUAGAAUGUCUUAGGGUUUUUUUUUCUUCCAUAACUUGUAUGAAGGAGAUCUAUAUAAUGCCUGAUGUAAUUUGUAAAUGGGAAAUAUUGCGAACAACUCUAAGCAUCCUGACUUAUUUUUUCUCUCUGUUUAGUUUGUUUUUUUAUUAUUAUUUUAAACAUUGGGACUUGGGGCAGACUAUUUAUUAGAGUUUUGCAACAGAGUUCUUGUAUGAAGCCUGUAAAAGGCUACUUG